GCAUGUCGUUUACCAUUCGCCUUGCCAGCUUCGACGCGUAGGAGGAGAGGCCAAGUCAAGAACCAAAAAGACCAGAGAUUCCAUUCCCAAUUGUUUUUCUUAUUUGGGUUCUCAAAAUUCACAGGCAACAACACGAAAAGCUUGAAUUUUGAUCAAUCGAAAAUUUGCUCUAAUCAUUCAUAUACCCAUUCCAAGCGAAGGAUAGAAAAAGAGCCCAACCUCACGAAAUAAAUGGAGAAAGUGAUGAACAUGAUAAAGCCGAAACCUAACCCACAGCAGCAAUUGAGAGAUUGGCAGCGCAGACUCCGCCAAGAGUGUCGUAACAUCGAACGCCAAAUCCGAGAUAUACAGAGAGAAGAGAAAAGUGUACAGAAAGCAAUCAGAGAUGCUGCCAAGAGGAAUGACAUGGGUUCUGCCAAGGCACUUGCUAAGGAAAUUGUGAGAUCUAGAAAAACAGUAAAUCGGCUUUAUGAAAAUAAGGCACAAAUGAAUUCAAUAUCAAUGCACCUUGGUGAAAGUGUGGCAAUUGCACGUACAGUGGGCCAUUUAUCCAAGAGUGCCGAGGUCAUGAAGCUUGUGAAUAAUCUCAUGAAGGCUCCAGAAGUGGCCGCUACAAUGCUAGAGUUCAGCAAAGAAAUGACCAAGGCAGGGGUUAUUGAGGAAUUCGUGAAUGAUGCCGUUGACAAUGCACUGGACUCAGAAGAUAUUGAAGAGGAAAUUGAGGAGGAAGUUGACAAGGUCUUGACUGCUAUAGCUGGUGAGACUGCUGCACAGCUACCAGAAGCGGUCAGGAAGGAGAGAGUGAAGCAGUCAGCUGGGACAGCGAGAACAGCCGAGGAGGAAGAAGCCAUUGCUGAGGGUGUUGAUGAUGAGGAAGAACUAGAAGAAAUAAGGGCCCGACUCGCAAAAGUUAGGUCUUAAUUUGAACCUAAGAGUCCCUUCCUCAUCUGCUAGUGAAUUAGAGAAGGGCUUUGAGCACAUUUAACUUGCAUGUAGGCGUUGAUGACAUCACAAUGAAAUUGUUGCAGAGUGAAACUCCAUUCACCAUUGACAGGGAGCACAUGAGCAAAAAUAUAUGUUUGUAUUAUAUUUUGAAAGUGGUUUUUUUCUAUAUCCUCAAGUAAUUAACCUCUGUGUAUCAUACCUAACUUGAGGCACAUUGUUGUUGAUGAGUCAAACUCCUUAUUUGUAUAAAAAUGAAUGCAAUGUUAUGGGAAUAAGUCAUUAUUUCAGUGACA